AUGCCUCAGUCCGCCCCAUACCAGGAGCCUCCUCCUAACCCUGUCAUUCAGGAUGCUUCAAAAUUGUCUUCUCUGUCAAUUGAGAUCAUCUCACAUUCUGCUCCACGUCGAAGUCAUCCUAUGAUCACACGGGCUCAAACAGGUUCAUUAAAGCCUAAAGCUUUCUUUUCUUCCAAAUAUCAAAUACCUGCAUGCUUACUAGUUGAUUUUGCCAACCAACCACAAGAGUCUCAGACCUGGUCAAUUAAACAACUUGAUGUCAGUAAUGCUUUUCUCCAUGGUGAUUUACAAGAGCGUGUCUAUUUAUCUCAACCCCCUGGCUUUGAAGACUCAUCUCAUCCUUAUCAUGUUUGCCACCUGCAUAAAGCUCUUUACGGUUUAAAACAGGCUCCUAGAGUGUGGUACAUGAAGUUUAGUGCUUAUAUUCAGCAAAUGGGUUUCCAUCGAUGUCUCUAUGACCAAUCCUUAUUUUCUCAUCAUCAAGGUUCAGAUAUAAUUGUGUUCUUAAUUUAUGUCGAUGACAUCCUUAUAAUAGGGAGCUCUCUUUCCAAAAUCAAGAGCUUUAUUGCUCAUCUCUUUGCUGCUUUUCAUAUGAAGGAUCUUGGAGAUGUUCAUUUCUUUUUAGGACUCCAAAUCACACGUGAUGAGUCAAUCAUCAUUGUCACUCAGACUCGCUAUCUACUUUCUCUGCUUCAGAAGUUUGGUCUGGCUGCUGCGAAACCAGUCUCCACUCCUAUGGCCUCUUGUACGUCGUUGACUACUAAUAAGGGAGCUCUCCUAUUUGAUCCAUCCUAUUAUCGGCGCCUUGUUGGUUCACUUCAAUAUCUCACCUUAACACGCCCUGAUAUCUCCUAUGUAGUCCAUAAUAUUUGUCAGUUCAUGCAACAUCCUCGUGACACUCAUCUCAUUGUUGUUAAGCGUAUAUUUCGGUACCUCAAAGGUACUCUUAAUAUUGGUCUUGACUUUGUAAAAACUCCUCACAUUGCACUUCGUGGUUUUUGUAAUGCGGAUUGGGCAGGUUCCAGGGAUGAUCGUCGUUCUACAACUGGCUUUGCUAUUUAUAUGGGUGAUAACCUGUUGUCCUAG